AGGGGGGAAUAGAAAAAUGAAUGCGUCAAUUCAUAACUGAAGAUGGCAUGACAUUGAGGUUUGGUUUUGCCCUAGUUGACACCACAACACGCACGUCUGCUUUCUGCAUAAGCUUGUGGAGUGACUGUGGUGGUUGCAUUUCCCCCAGCAGUGUCCUGCCCCUCUGCAUCUGCUCUGCACAGCUCAGUGUGUCAUAUGUUUGUGUGGUAUAUACCUGUCUUGUACGUUUCCCUUCCAAUCGCUAGGGGCCCCUGCUGUGUGCGAUGCCUCGGAUCAGACAGUGUUGGUGUGAGUCUGUGAGCACAGUUGGGCAGCAGUCGUCGCCACUGUGCGUCGCUGGAAAAUGUUGCAGCAGCAGCCUCUGACGGGCAACGGGCCCUCGAACGGCCGGGGACUCGGCAUGAGUGGUCACCCCGGGAUGCAUGCGCUGAACUCGGUUCACGAACCCUCGCAGCACCGGUCCGAUGGAGGCAACUCGGGCCUCGAGGGCACAGAAAACGGACAUGAAUCCCGCAGAGAUAUCGGCGACAUACUGCAGCAAAUAAUGACCAUCACCGACCAAAGUUUGGACGAGGCACAGGCAAAGAAACACGCACUCAACUGUCACCGAAUGAAACCUGCUUUAUUCAGCGUCCUCUGCGAGGUCAAAGAAAAAACAGGCCUCUCAAUGAGGAACGCCCAGGAGGACGAGCCUCAAGAUCCCCAGCUGGUGCGAUUGGACAACAUGCUGCUGGCGGAGGGCGUGGCGGGGCCAGAGAAAGGCGGCGGUGCGGCCGCUGCCGUGUCCGCUGCCACCAGCUCGGGAGGGAUGUCCCCCGACAGCUCGCUCGAGCACUCCGACUACAAAAGCAAGUUGAGCCAGAUUCGCAGUAUCUACCACACUGAGCUGGAGAAGUAUGAGCAGGCGUGCACUGAGUUUACCACCCAUGUGAUGAACCUGCUGAGGGAGCAGUCGCGCACCCGGCCCGUGACCCCGCGGGAGAUCGAGCGCAUGGUGGGCAUCAUCCACCGCAAGUUCAGCUCCAUCCAGACCCAGCUGAAGCAGAGCACUUGUGAGGCGGUCAUGAUCCUCAGGUCUCGCUUCCUCGAUGCCAGACGUAAGAGGCGCAACUUCAGCAAACAGGCCACAGAAGGCCUGAAUGAGUAUUUCUACUCCCACCUGUCAAACCCUUACCCCAGUGAAGAAGCCAAAGAGGAACUCGCAAAACAGUGUGGAAUCACCGUCUCUCAGGUCUCCAACUGGUUUGGCAACAAGAGAAUCCGCUACAAGAAAAACAUCGGCAAGUUCCAAGAGGAGGCCAACCUUUAUGCUAUGAAGACAGCCUUGGUGGCCAGACAGGGCGACGAUUCCCCGCACACUCCUAACUCAACAGGGUCUGGGUCCUUCUCCCUGUCUGGGUCAGCUGACCUGUUCCUUGGGGUUCCACCUGUGAACGGCGAGCAAUCUGCUUACCAAAUGGGCGUACAGGCCAACGGGAACUGGCAGGGGCGGAACUCACCCCGGUCCGGCGCCUCGCCCCACAGCGACCAAUCGGACAACUCUGACUGAUAGGCCACGCCCCUCUGACCCAGAACGACAGCGACGGAAAGUUUGUUGAGGGAAAAGAAGACAGAAAAGAAUGAAUUCACACUUCCCACUCGGCUGCAGUUUUUAUUUUCUGUACGUUGUUCGUUUGGUUUCUUUAUUUUGAAUUGUAUGUUACCGUUUCUUUACUUACCGCUCAGCGCCGGUCAUUAUUAUGUUUAUAUGAUUCGCUGGGUGCACGGAUGGUAGAGUGAAAAUGUUUGUGUGUCUGUGUUGUGAGCAUGCUGGUGUGGUUUUAUUAUCGGGGUUGUAGGGUUUGUUUUCCACUACUUUUUGACAUGUUACUGAGGUGUGUUUGUGGAUGGUCAGGAGGAGGGAGAGGAGUGCGUUAUCAUGGAUUUUAGCACACUAUAUCAUUAUUAUUAUUAUAAUUAUUAUUAUUGCUGUUUUAUUAUUAGUGCUACAACUGUUUUCAACAGCUCAGAGAGAGAGGAUGCAUUUGAGAGAGAAUGAGAGGGCAAUAGAGAAAAUCCAAAGAUUUUGUGUGUUUGUUUCUCUGUUUUGUUUGUCUGUUUUAUUUUUAUUUUCUACCGGGCGUCUGUGUCCCUGUAAAAUGAAUGAGGCGUGUGUGAGUCCACAUUAACAGUUUGAAUGAGUAUAUCAACAGUGCUGUCUUUUUUCUGUACAGUGAAACACCUGUAUUCUCUCUACCUCUUUUACAAUAAAGACUCUCUGUAUUCACAA